AUGGCAGCACUUGAAUCUAUUUCUCCUCCUGGCUCGCCAGGGACCGACGUCACUGCACCAGAUCCUGAGAGUGCCCAAAAUUUCAAAACUAUUGCCAGCGCCCUUGAACAGCAAAUAAUCCUAUACAACGAUGCCUGCGCACAGAGACGGGCACACCCCCAAAACGCCGACUCCCAGUCCGAGGUAGAUAUCGCUGCAAAAAAUGUGGCUUCUACGCUCAGAGAAGCGUCCAACCUGCAUCCUAAUCCUGCCACUGGUGCAGCCUGGCGCAAGAUGGCCGACGACUUUGUCAAUUCAACCACGGAGAAAAGGGAGGACACAUUGAAACAAGUCGGAAAUGGGCUUUUAAAAAUUGUUCUCGCCCCGCUGGCUUUGGCUGGUGUGGGGAUUUAUGCGGCUGGAGAAAUAGUGACGGGUGCGGGCGUUGCAGUUGGAAGUAUCUUGACAGGUGCAGGUGCAGUUCUGAAAGGCAUUGGAAAGUUUGGAAAGGAGGCUCUUCUUGACCUUGUUUUUGCGACUCUGUUCCGAUUCCAAUUUUUAGCGCUCAAUUACAUAUCUUCAGAACGCACAGACGUAAAGUCUCCAUCACAUGUUGAGCUAAAAAUAGAUUUGAUGGCGGUAACAUCGGCCCGGCCAACCCACCUUCCCCAGACCAUGCCAGAUAUACCCUACGAGAUAUGGGUGCAGAUCACCCAGUAUCUAUCACCGGAAGAAGUAAAAAGGCUAUAUCCCGUCAAUCGCAGCCUAUUCAACAUUGCUAUGGACGAACGGUACAAAAGGGGCUUUGUGGGCGUUCUUUCCAGUGCAGACACCCACAGAAGCCUGAUCAGAUUGUUAGAUCCCAGCGUAGCGGCACGGGUGCGCACGUUCACAUUAAAGCCUGCCGACCUAUGCAGAAUGCUCGCAGAAUUCAAGCCAGUAAAAUACGAGCGCAUGGUGUCCUACAUGUACGCCGGCCUGCGCAAGUCGAUCGCUAGGUCCAAUGACACAGGCACGCCGCUGCCUGCUGGUGGGCAUGGCCACAAUAGCCAGGGCCAGGGUCGUAAAAUUAGAGUCGAGCACGCGCUGCCCGCAGACAAGGCUAAAAAGCACCUGAAGAAGAUCAUGCACGCCAUGACUGGGCUCACGACCCUAGUAGUCGAGAUAUUGACUUCCCAGGAGCAUCGAGCGUUUCAAGGGAUAUCAAUAUCAGAUUCGAGUGCACUUCUCCAGCCUGGCUGGCACACCUUUGGAUCGAACCUGAAGUCACUGGAUUUGCGGGUCCCAUUGGAAGAUAUGGCUCGGGUCCUCCCCACUACACAAAGAGGAGCGAGCGAGACGCUGCCCAGCCUCGAAACACUGGCGAUGCACGUCCGCCAUGCCGUCUACACGACGUCUGACAGCGACAUAUUGCUCAACAUCGUCCUUCCCUUCCUUCAAGCUCAAAAACAUAGCUUGCGGUCCCUGACGCUCGAUGUAGGGCCCCAAGUAGACAUCUCCUUGUUCUUACUCAGCAUGGAGAACUUCCCGCUCAUGGCCAGCUUUCAUAUCAAGCAGUUCUUCUCUAGGGACGGUCAAGGCAAUCUCAAGGGUCUUUAUCGACUCCUACAGACCCAACAAGAACACUUAACUGAUCUAUCCAUCGAUCUCGUGCCCCAUUCCGGGAACCUCCCUCCUGUGAAUCAGUUUUUCAGCCAAAAAUGUUUUGCUGUUUCUCUUCCGAAUCUAAAUCGACUUACCAUAAACCUACAUCAGUUUCCGUCCACUUACAAGGCUGGGUUGAUACGAUAUGUCUACUCAUUUGCUGAGUCUUUGACCUAUUUGUCAGUUGAUUUAGAUCAGCAAUACUGCACCUCUGAGGAUGUACAAACACUCACAAAACCGUUCAAAGAACAUCGAGGACUAAGAGAGUUGAGGUUAUCCGUCUUAGAAUUUGGGCCAUCGCUUCUGAACACACUCGCUCAAAAUCUCCCCCGUCUCGGAACUCUUCACUUGUCCUUUCGAUACCUUCAACCAGAUGGCUAUAUUUCCAGGCAGUCGCUUGAUCCUCUAUUUCGCCAUGAAAUAGCCCGUUACGAUUAUUCAAAUUGGCACCUCCAAGUGUUAAGCGUGAAACCUGGACUGCACCAAAUCAACUCUGUACGGCAAAAAUGCAAGGCGGGCUUGGUGGCAGCGUUACCUAGUGUUUAUUCAUUUUGUGGACUUGGAAGGGAAGAAUACGUGAUGACCACUCAUUUUAUUUGA